GGAGAAAAAGCCGUAUAGGAAGAGAAGCACAACCGUGGGUGCCCGCAACGAUGAAAGGUUCGCCACGCUCGCGAGAACCGCAGAUAAGCCAUCGGACUAUGUCCUGAAUAGCUGUUUACAUUGCUGGGAUUGUGUACCGAUCAUACGAGCCGCCAAGCAGGGGUAAAAUAUGUCCGCCUCAGUGGGGCCCCGCGGCGGCCCUCGCCCGCCCACAGCGCAGAGCUCAUUCCCCGAGCUGCCGGACCUCAGUCACCUCACCGAAGAGGAGAGGAAAAUCAUCAUGGCUGUGAUGAUUCGGCAGAGGGAGGAAGAGGCGAAGGACGAGGCCGUGUCAAUAGAGGAGAAGCCCAUACAAGCAAAAACGGUGAACCUGGUUGGGAACAAGAAACCCCAGCAGCAGAAUGACAUCAGUUUGCACCAGCAGUUUCCCAACUACAAGGAGCAGGUGAAGCGGAUCGGGCCGGAGCUCCAGCAAAGGCAGCAGGGCCAACACAAGGAUGUCGCCCCCACCUGUGGCAUCUGCCACAAGACCAAGUUUGCUGAUGGCUGUGGAAACCUGUGCUCCUACUGCCAGACUAAGUUCUGUGCCCGGUGCGGGGGAAGGGUCUCCUUGUGUUCUAAUAACGUAAUAUGGGUAUGUAACCAGUGCCGUAGGCAGCAGGAUAUGCUAACUAAAUCAGGAGAAUGGUUUCCCAGUCAAAGGCCUAAGUCUGCAGAGCUGGGGUCAGGCGUAAGUGAACCAGCCAUGUGUGGAGUCCCUGUUAAAGAGAAGAAGGAACGCUCUAGGUCUCAGAAUCCUCUCGGCUCCUCCGUUUCCACUGCCCAUAACACCCAGCCACCUGCCCCAACUGACCCCAGCAAAGGUCCCUCUACUGGGCCAGGUGACACGCCAUCAUUGCGUUCACGCAGUGAGCCUCCACAAGAUAGAAAAAAGCCACCAGCAGCCUCUGAUCAAAAUGAAAAGACUGGACCAAGAGGUGAGAGGCGGCGAGGGCUGUCCAGAGUCCAAUCCCAGGGUUCCGAAGAGCGGGAGGCUGGAGAAAAUCGGAGAGAAAGUCGAAGACUGGUUAAGGCUCGCUCUCAGGAGCAAAAUUAUUCUGAGGUGGGGAGGGGAAGGGCUGUGCCCAGGAGGAACGAAGAGGGACAGAGACCACCCUUGGAGCAGUGCAAGAGUGACCCAAGUGCUCCACAUCACCCGGUCAAUCUUCAGCUAGCGGAGACUGAUGGACGUAGUAUGCACCCUAAGUCAAGGGAAGCAGGUGAGAUGAGGCAGGACAAUAGAGGUGCGCGAAGAUGGGCAGAUGGGCGGCAAGCCUCGCUGGAUGGCCAACAACAGGCAUUUAUGUCUGAGAGGACUACAGGGGGUACAGGGAUGCAGGGUGUGCCUGCCGUGCAGGGUCCUCCCCCUAAAACCAACCACACCCCACAGCCGCCAGCUCCGGGGUUCCGGGUGGGCCCAGCCAUGCCUGCCGGUCCCCCUGAGCUCAGGGAGCCCCAGGAAUGGGAAAGGAAGUUGCAGCCGAACCACCUUGACCCUGGCUCGGCUGCACUAUUGCGGAAAUCGAAGCGACAAAAAGCUGAGAGCAUGCUGCGCAAUGAUUCGCUCAGCUCCGACCAGUCGGAGUCUUUACGACCACCCCCACCCCGCCCCUACAAGAGCAAACGGGGCGGAAAUAAGAGGCAGAUGUCCGUCAGCAGCUCAGAGGAGGAGGGUGGUUCGACACCAGAGUACACCAGCUGUGAGGAUGUGGAGAUUGAGAGUGUCAGCGAGAGAGGGGACUGGGAGUGUUUUCCACUGGCUUCCACCACAUGGCAUCAUCCAGUUACAUGGCAGCCCUCCAAGGAAGGUGAUCAUUUAAUUGGCCGAAUAACUUUAAGCAAGAGAACAGCCAUGCCAAAAGAGGCUGGGACUUUGCUGGGUCUAAAGGUGGUGGGGGGAAAGAUUACAGAAACUGGGAGACUUGGGGCAUUCAUCACUAAAGUCAAGAAAGGAAGUCUUGCUGAUGUGGUGGGCCAUCUCCGGGCCGGCGAUGAGGUGCUUCAGUGGAAUGGUAAAUCAUUACCAGGAUUAACCACAAAAGAAGUUUACAAUAUCAUCUUGGUUUCCCAAAAAGAACCACAAGUUGAAUUAGUAGUUUCAAGGCCAAUCGGUGAUAUACCACGAAUACCAGAAACAUCACACCCUCCAUUAGAAUCUACAGGUUCAAGUUCAUUCGAGUCACAGAAGAUGGAAAGACCCUCUAUAUCUGUCCUGUCCCCAUCCAGCCCAAGUGGUCUUCGAGACGCCCCUCAGUUACUGCCUGGACAGCUGUCGGUAAAAAUGUGGUAUGAUAAGGUUGGCCAUCAGCUGAUAGUGAACGUAUUGCACGCAAUAGACCUGCCGCCCAGACUAGAUGGACGACCCAGAAACCCCUACGUCAAAAUGUAUUUCCUUCCUGAUAGAAGUGAUAAAAGCAAGAGAAGAACAAAGACAGUAAAGAAAAGUCUGGAGCCUAAGUGGAACCAGACGUUUGUGUACUCUCAUGUCCACCGGCGGGAUUUCAGGGAGCACAUGCUGGAGAUCACUGUGUGGGACCAACCCAGAAUACAAGAGGAGGAGAGUGACUUUCUGGGAGAGAUCCUGAUCGAGCUGGAGACUGCCCUGUUGGAUGAUAAACCUCAUUGGUACAAGCUUCAGACACAUGACGUUUCUUCCAUUCCACUUCCACACCCGUCCCCAUUCCUGCCUCGUCGACAAGACCACACAGACACACCCACCAAGAAGCUGCAGCCUGUAGAGAACCGAUUAAGAGAAAGGGAAAGGAACAGAGACCGAGAAAGAGAGAGAGACCAGGCAACAACGUUAGAGGUUCCUGAGCAGCAGAGACCGACUCAGUAUCGCUCACGGUCUGUGUCCCCACACAGAGAGGAAGAGAGUAGGGGGCGGUCUCGCCCACCCAACAUCCCUGCACAGAGGAGUCUGGAUGAGGUCCAGCACAGCCGUAGAUCCCGCUCCCCAACACGCUACAACGACAGCUCUCGUGUGCAAGAGAGAGAAUGCGUAGAUGACAGUGAGGUCAUCUUGAUACACAGAUCAAUGCGAGGUAGAAGCUCAGAGUGUCUGCACACCCAAAGCUCCACACUUUCUCCAUGCCUUAAGUCAAAGUCACGGCUGACUGUAGUCACUGCAACUCAACGUACAGUCACACGCCGAGACAAGAUCAUCAUUAGGGUUAGAAGUGCUAGUACCAACUGUCUGAGACCAGGUUCUUAUUCCAAUUCACCUGACCAAGACAGGAGCACGCAGUCUCUGCCCCGUACCAGACCCACGAGUCCCAGGAUCCUAAUUCAGCAUGCCUCCCCAGAAGAAGACAGGCAGUCGAGAACUCUGGACAAGCCUAGCUGUCAGAAACUUGGCAAGAGAAUAUCUGACAGUGAGCGAAUACAGCCAACCUCCAUUCUAAAGGGCUCACGCAAGAAGAGGGUAUCACUGCCUCCAUUGGGUAAGGUGAACCAGGGGAGGUGGUCAAACCCAGGCUCACCCCAAAUGGAAAGGGUGCAACCACACUCUGGCCCCUCAUUCUCCUCAUCAACAUCGGCCUCUUCGUCUACACGCAAAGUCAGACAGUUACCCCAAGUCCCCGCCAAAAGCAGCAGUGUAGAGCAAGCUCUUGCUUCAGAGGAGCGAACGCGGCAAAUGAAAGUACGUACCUUCCGAACCACAGCUCCUUCCAGUACCAGCCAGGAUCUGGAGAGGGACCUCAAGAAUAAACGAGAGCUUUAUAAGGAGCAGCAACGGAGCUGUGACAAUGUGUCCCAUAAAUCCUCAGACAGUGAUGUCAGCGAUGUGUCAGCCAUCUCUCACGCCAGCAGUGCCUCACGGAUCAGUAGCACCAGCUACAUGUCCAUCCAAUCAGAACGGCCCAGGGGUUGCUUCAGCCGCCACAUUCGUCCAUCCAGCCACAAUAUGCUGAAGAGUACGAGUGUUAGUGGGGAAAUCUACUCUCUGGAGCGUACGGAUGGCAGUCAGUCAGACACAGCUCUUGGAACACUAGGAGGAGGAGGGAAAAAGCGCAGAUCCAGCCUUAGUGCACGGGUAGUUGCCAUCGUGGGCAUUCCCUCUCGCCGCAGCAGGAGUACCUCUCAGCUCAGUCAGACGGAAGCCACCAAUAAGAAGGCAAAGGGAUCCAGUCAGAUCCAGCGCAGUCAGGAGACGGGUAUGGCAGUGGAAUAUCCCCGCAAUGCCAUGGCCCGCCAAGCCAGCCGAGAGUCCACCGAUGGCAGCAUGAAUAGUUACAGCUCUGAGGGCAAUUUGAUCUUCUCAGGGAUGAGGUUGGGUGCCGACAGCCAGUUUAGUGACUUCCUGGAUGGUCUUGGCCCUGCUCAAUUGGUGGGUAGGCAAACACUUGCCACGCCUGCUAUGGGAGAUGUUCAGAUUGGACUGAUGGAUAAGAAAGGGCAGCUGGAGGUAGAGGUCAUCAGGGCCCGUGGUCUUACAUCUAAACCAGGUUCCAAAUCGCUGCCAGCUCCCUAUGUCAAGGUCUAUUUGCUGGAAAAUGGAGCUUGCAAAGCCAAAAAGAAAACCAAGAUUGCACGAAAAACUCUUGAUCCUUUGUAUCAGCAAUCACUGCUGUUUGAGGAAAGUCCACAGGGUAAAGUUCUCCAGGUAAUAGUCUGGGGAGAUUAUGGACGCAUGGACCACAAAUGUUUCAUGGGAGUUGCACAGAUUCUUUUAGAACAGCUGGAUCUUUCUAGCACAGUGAUUGGUUGGUACAAACUGUUUCCCCCCUCGUCAUUGGUUGACCCAACAUUAGCUCCUCUCACUCGCCACACAUCCCAGACAUCACUGGACUCUUCAGGGCCACCAGGCACCAGGACCUAGUAAACCGAUGAAGGUGCAAUGCAAAACAUGAUCCAAUGGACCAAGGACCCAAGGCACCAAUCAGAGCCAGAGCGGCAAAUACAGAGACAGAUGGACAGAAUCAUGAUCAAAGCUUUGCUGAAGCCUGACAAUCACUUCUCUCUUUUACUUUUGAUCUUUGGUUUGUAUAGAUUUCCUUUGAUCCACUCUGCUCCUUACUGCAUGUUUUGUUGCUAAGAUGACGAUUCGACCCAAAUAAAAGAGAAUAAUGCAAGGCCGCUGAAACGUGAUCCGCUUCAUUUGACAGGAGUGGUGCUGGUAACCUAGAUUGCUCUGGUCAUUCAGCACAUUUGUUCUCUAGCCAUGUACAGAGUCUUUCAGAAAGGCAGCGAUAUGACAGAGAAUCGGUGAGAGAGAAUGGAUGGCACUGCCCCUCCUUUAUAUUGCACUUAUAGGAAGUCACUCUGCUGAGAGAGACCAGAGGUCAAGUUUAAAAAGGUCAAGAUUUAGUCUUCUCAGAGAGUUUCCUCUCUACAUCAAGGAUGCUGUGUCCGAGCACAAACUCAGACUCAGAUUGUGUGAUUGUGUUAUUGUGUGUGUGUGUGUGUGUGUGUGUGUGUGUGUGUGUGUGUGUGUGUGUGUGUGUGUGUGUGUGUGAGAGAGAGAGAGAGAGAGAGAGUGUGUGUUUGUGUUUAAGAAAGCAGGGAUGCCUGAGAACCUUUUAAGUCUGUUUACAGCAGUCACCACUGGCUGCUUUGCCUUUUCACUUUACUGUUGAUUUGGUAAAUAGGCACACUUUGUAGAAUGUGAAAACAUGUUUAAUGUUUUCUGACAUUUGUGUCAUACAAGCUUCAUGGAAGACACAAAACCACUUGUAUUUGAACACUGGGACUUUAAGAAGCUGCCACUAUAACUUAGGGUUUUUUCUUUUCAACCCUACCAGGAAUCUACAGGAAUGGUCAACUCUUGCAUUAGCUCACUAAUACUUUUGAAUUACAACAACUCUGGGUUCUUGCCAUCACAACGCAUAUACGCAUUACUGACAUUUCAGAGCAUUUUUAUUCUGCUUUGUUUGGUAAAGGGCCUGUACAUACCAAGAUUAUAAUUUCUACACAACUUAAGUCUACAUUAUUUUAAUGCAAAUGCAAUUGCUUGAUAUUUGAACAAAAAAUUAAUAAAUGUUCAAGCUUUUUGGGAAAACCCCUCAAAAGAGGCCAAUUUAUUGUAUGCUUCCUAUUUUAAUUUUAUUUUUUUAAGAUGUUUGUCAUUUUUUGUUUUUUUUUUGUUUAGUUU